AUAAUACCAAAAUCAAAAUCAAAAACAACAACGAAUAAACGAAAUACAAAGAAAUCUCGAAUAAAAAUAAAUGACGAAUAAAUUUGGGAGUGCAGAAAAUCGAAUAAAAGAAGCAAAUAUUUAAUCGAAAUUCAGGCGAUUGCCAACAAAAGUCACACAAAGGUAUGGUUUUAUGUUAAGUCCCAAGACAAAAGUAAAAACAGCAACUGAAGUAUUCUUCUGCAAUAUCAACAGCAACAGCAAAAGCAACAGCAUAAUCAACAACAGCAACAACAGAAAGAGCCGUAAUAGAGCAGCAACACGAUGUCGCUUAAAUUGUUUCGACGCGGUUCAGCGCGCUGCCUUGGUUUACUGUCAGCAUUUGUCACAAUAUUGUUAUGUCUUUACUACAUUUCCAUGGGACAGCCAACCUUACAACCGAAAGACACAACAGCGACUAUAACAAUAAUUGGUGGCAGUGGAAGUACCAGCAGCAACGCUGGCAAUGCUAAUGGUGCCUUGUUACAUUUGCCACUGCAACAUUUUAAUAAAAAUAGUCCGCAUAAAAUUAAAAUUAAUGAUCAGGAAACAUUAGAGAAACAUAAAUAUGCCAUAUUACAACAAAAACAACAGCAACAAUUGUCCAGUGCUGUUGGGUCAAUAGCAGUGAGUAAUGAUGAUGAGACUGGCAUGGUGGUCGAUAAUCCAAACUGGGACGGUAAAUGUUAUAUUUUAAAUGAGAGCGUAACGAAUAUAACCGCAGGUGAUGAAUAUCCAAAAUUUGAUUUUCAGCCGGAAUGGAUACGCACGAAAGAGUAUUGGGAUCGUGGCUUUGAGGAGCGUUUCGAAGCACAAAAAAGUGAUAAAGAGCGACCAUCUUUAAAGAUAAUUGUGGUACCUCACUCUCACAAUGAUCCCGGCUGGCUAAAGACAUUUGUUAACUACUUUCAAGCUGAUUCACGUCAAAUACUCAAUUUGAUGGUCACCAAAAUGCAGGAGUACAAGGAAAUGACCUUUAUUUGGUCUGAAAUAAGUUUUCUACAAUUGUGGUGGGAUCAAGCGCAUCCCACUAAACAACGUGCGCUUAAACGUCUUAUUAACUCGGGACGUUUAGAAAUCACUACCGGUGGUUGGGUUAUGACUGAUGAAGCUAAUGUACACAUAUAUGCUAUGUUGGAUCAAUUAAUUGAAGGUCAUCAAUGGUUACGUAAUAAUUUGAAUGUUACGCCCACUGUCGGUUGGUCUAUUGAUCCAUUCGGACAUGGUAGCACAGUGCCUUACUUAUUGUCUGGUAGUAAUUUCGAGGGUGCAAUUAUACAACGUAUACACUAUGCUUGGAAGCAAUGGUUUGCUAGACAACAAAAUGGUGAUUUUAUAUGGACUCCGUAUUGGGAGAAACAAGGCGGCACUCAAUCAAACAAACAAGGUCAACUACUAAUGCAUAAUAUGCCUUUUGAUAUAUAUUCGAUAAAAGGUUCUUGUGGACCACAUCCCUAUAUAUGUUUAAAUUUCGAUUUUCGUAAAAUACCUGGAGAAUAUACAGAAUAUUCUGUGAAAGCAGAAUUUAUUACUGAUGAAAAUAUUGAGAAAAAGGCACAAUUAUUACUGGAGCAAUAUGCGCGCACCGCGUCAUUAUUUCCACAUAAUGUGGCUCUAAUACCUGUUGGAGACGAUUUUCGUUAUAAUAAAGAACGAGAAGUUGAUCAGCAAUAUAUCAAUUAUAAAAAACUAAUUGAUCAUAUUAUGGACAAUAAGCGGUUAUAUAAUGUAGAUAUAUCUUUCGGAACUCCAAAAGAUUAUUUCAAUGAAAUUCGUAAGAGAUCUGAAUCAUUUCCUACAUUCAAAGGUGACUUUUUCGUGUAUUCCGAUAUAUUCUCUGAAGGACGCCCUGCUUAUUGGUCCGGUUAUUAUACAACUCGUCCAUUUUAUAAAAUAAUGAGCGCGGAUUUAGAACACAAUUUACGAGCUGCUGAAAUUUUAUUUACAAUAGCUUAUAACAAUGCUUUGAAAUUCCACCAUGAGAACGCAAUUAAAAUAUUUGAAAAGAAUUAUGAAAAAAUGAUAAAUGCACGCCGUAAUCUUGCUUUGUUUCAACAUCACGAUGCCAUAACUGGAACUUCAAAAGCAGCAGUGAUGCGUGACUAUGCUAUGCGUCUCUUCGAGAGCACACAGGAUGUGAUGAAAAUGCAAGAAUCCACUAUUGAAUUACUCAUACAGAAUGGUACAUCGCAUCAUAAUUUCUUAUUAAGCGAACUGGAACGUGAUAAUUUUAGUAAAUUGCCUAGAAAAACUCUAAUACCGCUGGGUAUAAAUAGCAUUGGUAGUGAUUUUGUAGAUAUUAAUUUAGGCUUAAAUGGUGAAAAAGCAAAAUCCACAUCAUUUGUGAUUUAUAAUUCAUUGGCACAGAAACGUUUGGAAGUCAUUACGUUACGUACGUUAGUGCCGAAUAUUAAGGUAUAUAAUGAGCUUGGAGCAGAACUGCAUCAUUUACAAAUAAAUCCUGUUUGGAAUAUAACUGAUCCAUAUGACUUGGGAAUAAAUACUGGUAGCAGCAGUGCGGGUCGUAUACGAGUCUCCACACGUCAAUACGAAGUAAUGUUUGUGGCUCAACUUGAUGCAUUAUCACUUAAUACUUAUCGAGUUGAAAUAGAUGAAGUGAAUUAUAAACACGCAAUGGCUACAAUUUAUUGUGACGAAUGUACCGAUACAACCACACCACCCAGUGUAGCAACUAACGGAGAGUUCACUGUGAAAUCUAAACCUGCAGGUGAUGUACAAUUGGAAAAUAAUCACAUGCGCUUACUUUUUGAUGAGAAAACUGGGUUUUUAAAAACUGUUACACGUAAAAAUAAGGAUCAAAAACUGUUGCAACCCAUGCAAUGUGCGAUUAAAUUUGCUGCUUAUCGCAGUGCACAAUUUCAUUCUGGCGCUUAUCUCUUCAAAACCGAUCCAGAACAAAGCGAAAGUGAAAAGGAUGUACUUGAACAAUAUGAAGACAUACGAAUUAUUAUAACAUCUGGACCAAUUGCUAGCGAUGUCAAUGUGAUUUAUGGUCCAUUCCUAGCUCAUACAGUGCGCAUUUUAAAUACGCAAACUUACUUGGAUGCUGCUAUUUAUAUUGAAAAUGAUAUUGAUUUUGAACCACCACCGAAAAAUCGUGAAACAGAGUUGUUUAUGAGAUUUGUGACUGAUAUUGAUAAUAUAGCACCGGCCAAAAAGGAUAUUUUAAAAGAUGGCGAUACAGUACAAGAAUUACCGGAAUUCUAUACCGAUCAAAAUGGUUUUCAGUAUCAUAAACGCGUUAAAGUACCCACAAUCGGCAUCGAAGGCAAUUACUUUCCCAUUACUACUGGCGCCUUUAUGCAGGAUAGUCGUGUCCGCCUUACUUUACUCACAACACAUGCACAAGGUGCAGCGAGUUACGAACCUGGUCAACUUGAAGUAAUGUUAGAUCGUCGCACACUUUACGAUGACUAUCGUGGCAUGGGUGAAGGUAUCGUAGACAGUCGCCUAACACGUCAUAAAUUUUGGGUGCUUAUAGAAGAUAUGCCUGCGCAACCACAAAAUAAAUAUCAAGUGCCCAGUUUGUUGGCUACACAAUUGGCAAAUGGUUUGCGUUAUGUGCCGAAUGUUUAUUUCGUUGAAACUUUUGACACACCGUCAACGCAGCUAAAACCAAAAGCUUUGCUAUUCGAACAAGGCGUACUUCCAUGUGAUGUUCAUUUACUUAAUUUCCGCACGCUAUCUGAGGAACAGUUGCAACUAUUCCCAACUUCAUCAGCAUUGUUAAUCUUACAGCGUCAGGGUUAUGAUUGUGCAGUUGGUCAAGAUAUAGAUACGAGUGCAAUAUGUAAUUUCUCAACAAAAGGUUUGGGACAAUUGAAAUUUAAACAUCUCAACAUAGCCCGUUUGGAAACUACUACGUUAACCGGAAUGUUACGUGCAAAAGAGAGAAAGCGUUUGAAUUCAUUUGCUGAAAUUAAUUUAGAGCCAAUGGAGUUGCGUACCUUUAAUGCCACUUUCAAAGUUUAGAUACAUCCUUCUAUUGUUCUAUUGUUGUGUUCUUGUAGGUAGCUUUAUUUGUGUUUAUAUGUUUGUGUGUAUUUAGGUAUGUGUGCUUAGCUAUAUUUAUGUGUUCGAAUUUAUUUAUUAAUUUCAUGUUGAUAAACGCUUUGUUUAACAAUUGUUGUAUAUUUGUUUGUAUUAUAUAUAUUGUAAU